GUUUCAUUGUGUUUUGUAACGAGUUAAAAAGUGAAAAGUUGGUCGUGGCGGUGUAACCACGUGACCGUGCUGCUGGGCGACUCACAUGACUGGAACAUUCCCGGUGUUGAUAUUCAGGCGCGUGAACGAGUAGCUCUGCUGUCUGGAGAGAGCGCGUGCGUUUUCCCUUCUCAAACAAGCAAGCAAGCAAACAAACAAACGCUCGAGACGGAAGGAAUUGAACAGACGAAGAAGAAUCUGACGGAAUUAAAUUAAAGACAACGAAGACUGCACAUUUGUUUGUGUUUGCCGGUCCGGGUGCAGCGCGUGACUCUGGGAGGUGUUUACUGCUGUCAUUGCUGGGAACAGCCUUUUUUAUCUUUGAUCUCCGCGCGUGCAUUAUUAACUGUUCGAAAACAUGACCCACAGACUACCGUCAGUCUCCGCCAUUAGCUGCUUUAUUGUCUUAGGCUGGCUGACUGCAGCGCACGCCGUAACAUUUGAAGUAAAGAAUGGGAAUUCUACCUGUAUCAAAGCGGACAUCUCGGCUAACUUCACCAUCACGUACAACAGCACCACCAAUGUGACGAAAACGGUGGUUGUGCCGCUCCCGGAAUCAGCAGUAGUGGGAAAUGGCAGUUCCUGUGGAGACUCUCCGGCCCUGCAGGCCUCCUUCGGUGAUGGUCACUCUCUGGACUUGGUGUUCUCCAGCGAUGGCCAUAUAUAUCGUGUGGCCAAUCUUAAUCUGACCUACAACCUGAGUGACAACGCCACCUUCCCUGGGUCGUCCAGCAAGGAGAUCAUGGUGUUGACUACGAACACGUCUGGGAUCGCAGCACAGCUCAACACCACCUACAGGUGUAUGAGCUCCAGCUCAGUCAGUCUGGGAGGCCCUGGAGUGACGGUCACGUUCUUCGACAUCCGCCUGCAGGCCUACAUGCCCAGCGCCAACCUGAGUACUAACGAGACGAUUUGUUCAGCUGAUAUUCCUUCCACCACUGCUGCACCCACUACCACUCCUAUCACCUCGACCACCCCCGUCACCCCAACCAACCCUGAGCGCGGCAACUACAGCGUUGAAAACAGCACGUCUGCCUGUCUUCUGGCUAGAAUGGGGCUGCAGCUGAAUCUAACAUAUCUCUCCAGGAAUCAGAAUAAAACUGUUGUGGCGAUAAGGAACGUGGUGCCCAGUCGUAUGGUUGCCAGCGGGUCAUGUGAAUCCACAACUGCUACUCUGCAGCUGACUGGAGAUCUCGCCAACCUCACUUUCAUGUUCACGCUGAACUCCACCACCAAAAAAUACCAGCUCAGUGCUUUGAAUAUGUCUGCCAGUUGGGACGAUAUGAGAGAUCCAUUCAAAGUCAGCAACAGCAGUCUACAGUACAUGCAGGGAACCCUGGGCCGCUCCUACAUGUGCAACAUUGAGGAGGUUUUUCCUGUGGUCAGCACUUUCUCCCUCAACACCUUCGACCUGCAGGUGCAGCCUUUCGGCGUCCACGACAACCAGUUUGGACCAGCCGACGUGUGUCCAAUGCAGAAGGACAACAUGCUGGUGCCCAUUAUUGUCGGUGCCUCCCUGGCUGGCCUCGUCCUCAUAGUCCUCAUCGCCUACCUGAUCGGCAGGAAGAGGAGUCACGCAGGCUACCAGACCAUCUAAACCACUAUUGUCUGUCCAGGACUGUACUUUGUGUGCGUGUUUGUGUGUGUGUGAGAGAGUUUGAGUACUUCUUGUUUCCAGGUUGUUAAACCUUUAUCUUCAUUCACUCCCCUACUCUUGGAGUACAUAAGAGAGAGAGAGAAAAAAAAAAAAGCCACUUACAUAUUACUACCAGCUCUGUUUCACUGACUGACUGACUGACUGACUGACUUGUUGAAAUUUAAUUUACAGGAGUCACUUAUGAUCCCUGUACAGUAGGUGGCAGUCUAAACCUAAAACAUGGACCAGUAAUUCCUCAUUAAAUACAGAGAAGUGUUGCCACUCUGGUACCAAGUGUCCCCCCCCCCCACUCCCCUCAGGAUUAGCUAGUGCUCAGAGUAAGCGUUGUUACUCUGACGUUCCCUCCUUUGACUAGGAAAUUACCAAAGAAAACACCCCCCCUUUGACUUGGAAUUCCUAGUCGGAAAGUGUGGAAAGGUCAGCGCAACCUCGUGUUAACGCGGUCGCUCGAUCAACACGGACACAUUAGCUCAGUCUCAAACACUAACCAUACAGUUUGUUCUUUUGAGACAGUAAAAACAUGAUAAACGCAUGAGCACGUUAGCUGGCUAGCUUGUUGCUAUAAAAAAAAAAAAAUGCACCCCCCCUACUUCGUGGCUUGAAUGAGCCGUGCUUGAAAAUGGCGCCAUUUCCUCCUACUUCCGAGUCAAAUUCAGCGUAAUAUUUCGUCAUUCAGAAGCAGGCCACUGAUCGGACAGUCGAGAAACCUGAUUAUGGAACAUGGCGGUGAAUUUCCAGCAGAAGGGUGUUUAUCCUGACGAUUUGCUGUGGUUGCCACGGCGAAGCGAAAGCGUUCUCGAAUAUCGAAUACGAACGUUCGGAUGUCGCUGAGGAAACGCACUUUUACGGGAAUACGAAGGGGGGGGUUUCAUCACAACUAGCUACAUCCAAGUUGAAAGCUAAUGGUUGCAGAUGACUAGGAGGAAAUUACAGCCAGUGAUGUAUUGAGGUUCCACACUGGCAUUAUAUCGUAAGCAUUAUGCUAUUAAUUUAACAGUAACGGCCACCUGUGCACUUAGCUAGCUAGCUAGCUCGCAUGUUCUCAACAGCGAUGCUGCGUUCGAAUAGAAUAGAAUAGAAUAGAAUAGAAUAGAGCGUGAAUGUGGGAAUGCAAACGGAAGACCCAUGGAGUGAAAGGCUAGGCAUACUCGGCAACUGGGAAAUAUGGAGGCCAAGCAUGCGAGCUAGUUAAUGACUUAACAGCACAUAUAGCCGUCCAGGCUUUCAUACAGACGAUGUAAAGGCAUUAGAAACGAGACGAAACUGUUGGGAAUAGCAACAUUUUCCUCAGUCAGAAAAGAUUCAAGCUACAGAACAGUCACACAGCUUCAACCACUAGUGAAUAACAGAAGAGCGUACGUCAGUACAGCGAAUACGACCCCAUCUGAACGUGAGCGAAUCCAUUUCUCGCCUCCUGUCAAACAUGUGCCCGAUGUUCAGGAACAGCUCAGAUUCUCUGUUUAGUGGUGUUUUGAAAAAUGUUGCACAUUCUAGUACAAUUUGGCUUUUGCCUUUAUCGAUCAUGGCUGAAAUAUUUGUACCAACAUCUGCUCACUUUUAAGAGGUCGUUUAAAAAAAACAAACAAAAAAAAAAACAACGUUUUAUUGUUUGUGUAAUAAUCCCUCGCAUGGAACUCGGUAGGUUUGUACGUGAGCAUGUAAGUUCUAAAAUGGCGAAGUCGUUCCAAACAAACAUCGCUCCUCUGGAAUUAUCCAGCCUUUGAUUUCAUGGCGCGGAUGUUCACGAUUCAGGAGUCACGGGUGGGGAUGUGGACUGACCUGAGCUCUGACCCUCCACAAUAAAGUGUACGACUGAGAGAACGGAAGAAGUGUUACACACCCAGACACACUCUUGUGCUAUCACUAAGCGAGAGAGAGAGAGAGAGUGCUAGCAGGCUUGUGGGAGAACCGCAUCGAGUGACAAAAGGCGUACGAGCUCAGGUUCAAUAAUUGAUGCACUGGUCUCGUAUUUUCUCCCAGUCAGGCAGCUCGAAUUAGGGCUCGGGUCUGGUCUCAUGCCGUCUUUCUGCCGCGCUCUCACCGAGAAGUUGAGCACGUAACCAUUCUCAGGUUGGCGUGUGAACUUUACGCCGAGGUUAACGUGAAAGCUCUCACGUUUAGCAAAGCGUGUCGUUUAAAGCGAAGAACAUACCGACAGCAAUUUGACGCAUUGAGUCGUUCAUCUGUUUUUGGUAAAUAUUAACGCAAACCUUUUCCGACUCGCCAUCCGGAACCCGUUUCACAUUUUUAGGUAAGACACCAAAGAACACAGACAUCUUCAGUAUCGACCUUCAGUGGAUUGAGUCAGUGUGAACUGCGAAGGUUGGGGGGGGGGGUUCUGUUUUGUUUAAUUUUUUUUUCUAUCUAGAUAUUCUCUCAAUCGCUUUUUUCUUUUUGUAACCGUGGCCAUUUGGACCUUUCUGGAGAUUCCAGUGGGGGGAAAAAAAGGGAAAACCAUGAUCGUCUGUACACACGUCAUUUAUUUAAUUUCUCACCCACUGAUACUAAUUGUCACCCCACACGCUACAGAUACUUUGUGUAAAGGCGUACCAUUUAGGUUUCCUCGAAACGAACGAAACGACUAAACCCGAGAUGCAGUUUAAUUCGUUUUCACGUGACGACACGUGGGGACUGUGUGUUGGUCCCGUCGCAUGAGCUAACUGGAGAUGCUUUUAACGGGGAGAAGUUGCGUCAUGUGGGGUGUAGCAGCAGAACAUUGAGUCUGGAAAUUAUCUUCAGGGAUAUAAUGAUUCUCUCGAGCACAUAAUGAAACCUUGGAUCAGGACGAAAAGUCAAAGAAAGUGUCUGAUUUCAGUGCAUGUGUUUUUUGCUUUGCAGCUCAGAUAUUUUUUUUCUUUUUUCUUUUCUCCUGCAUUGUAUACUGUACAGCAGACUUGACGCUUUUCCAAACCUGUCGCUUUGUCUAAUCUCUUUUGGUUGAAGGUUUGAUCAUUAUAUAAUUGCAGUGAUCUGAUCUUUUAUUUUUGUAGAGAACAUUUUCAAUGCGUGGUGAGGUCAAUAAAGGAAGUGAACACUU